UUACCCUCCUUUUGACUCUUAAUAACGUUCCAAAUACAAAAGAAAAUCCAGGCAAGAGAAAUUUCAGACUACAUUACAUAUCUUGAAAAGCUAUAGAUUGGUUGGCCAUCACAGACACCAAAAAAAAAAAAAGCGAAACCGCCUCCACCAAGAAAUUCACGAACCUCAUGGAAGAGAAGGAGAAGAAGAAACACAAUAAGAAGCAAAAACACCAACACCCAAACCAGCAAACCAGCAAGCCAUCAUCAGAUUUUUCUUUCAAGCCUAGUUCAGAAGUGAAGGGUCUUCGUUUUGGAGGCCAGUUCAUUGUAAAAUCCUUCACAAUCCGGCGAGCAAGGCCUCUUGAGCUGCUAAAAGUCCUUUCCUAUCCAGCAACAAACAAGAACAGCAACACCAGUAAGGCCGCUUUCCCUUCAACAACAGCUUUUCUGCCUACAAACUUCACUAUAUUAGCACACCAAGCUUGGCAUACCUUAACACUUGGUCUUGGUACCAAGAAAUCCAAAGUACUACUAUUUGUCUUUGAAUCCGAGUCCAUGAAGCUGGCUGUUGACAGAAUAUGGCCACCAGAGAUACCACUUGGAGAAGUGAACAAGAAACUUAUAAGAGGCCUGAAUGGAUGUGAAAUGGCAAGGUUUAAGUUUAGAAAAGGAUGCAUUACUUUUUAUGUCUAUGCAGUUAGACGUGUAGGCAACCUGGGAUUCUCUUGUGCAGAUGAUUUAAAGAUGAUAUUACAGUCUGUGGUCGCCCUCAAUGAUUUCUUGGAUCACACUGCUAUGCUUGCCAUGCCUCAUCAGAGAAGCAUCAACUAUGCAUCACCCCAGGUCGCUAUGGCUCACUAGGCAUGCUUAUUUUUGCUCCUGCUUUUUUUUAUAUAAAAAAAUUAGUUUUAGGCCUUUUCUUUUGAUGAUUUUAGUACUUUUUUUCCUUAACGAUGGGGGGAUUGGUUUAUUUGUGGGGGAUCGCGUAUGGGAUUUUCUAUUUGUUCUAAUUAACAAAAGGAGUUUAUUUUUAGUCUAAAUAAAUACUGAAUAAAUUCGAGUUUAUUUGGUGGUGAA